UUCUCCCGGACACACACAACCUACACCCUCCAAAUGCUCUCAUCCCCAUGUCUCAUCGUCCAUUCCCUCCUUGAGACCAUCGUCCCCAGACGACAAGCAUAGAGGAGAGGAAAAGAAGAAUGCCGCUCCCGAGAUCGCUUCUCCUUGCGGUGUUCUUCUUUUCUAUCCUCGUCCAUGUCGACGUGCUCGCACAGGACUACGACGGUGAAGAUGAGGGUUACCAUCCCAAGUCGGAAGACUCCUGCAAUGGCGUCUUCUUGACCUACACCUUUGAAUCGCGAACCAAGGAGUUCCCCCACGUCAAGAAUGCGUCGGCGCAGGCGUACGCCUUCAAGUCCAUCGCCACCGUCCUAAACGCCAUGACGGAGGACCUCAAGGCGUGGAAUAUCUUUAUCGGGUUCCAGCACAACGAGAUCCUGGUGUCGGCGUCGGGAGCGGUGAUCAUGGACGGCACGGACUACCCCGCGCAUGUCGGCAACGGCACGUCGUUGUCGGGGUACCCGCAGGCGGACCUGCUGAACUCGAUCGAUACCGCGGGUGACAUGAACCAGAUCAUGGUGACGAUCCAGAUGACGGGGACGCAGUUCGGGGUGAAGCCGCCGGCGGUUCCCAUGCCGAAGACGAUCAAGCUAACGAACGAUGGAUUCGACUGCCCGAAACCUACUCGCAAAGAUAGCCACAUGUUCGUGUGUUGUGUGAAGAACAAGAAGUACAAGAAGGCGAAGCCGACGGAGACCAGGUUCCUACCGCGGCAGCACGCCGACCUCACCAUCGCCUACGACGUGCUUCAGGCGUACGACUCGAACUACAUGGCGCAGGUGACCAUCGACAACAACAGCCCGCUCGGCCGCCUCGACAACUGGAACCUCACCUGGGAGUGGAAGCGCGGCGAGUUCAUCUACAGCAUGAAGGGCGCUUACACGCUGCGGCACGACUUCUCCGACUGCAUCUACAGCGAGGCGGCCAAGUACUACAAGGACCUCGACUUCAGCCCGGUGAUGAGCUGCGAGAAGAAGCCCAUCAUCGUGGACCUGCCGCCGGAACGCGCCAACGACUCGCAGAUCGGCAGGCUGCCUUACUGCUGCAAGAAUGGCACGCUUCUGCCGCCGAUCAUGGAUAUAAGCAAGUCGAAGGCCAUCUUCCAGAUGCAGGUGUACAAGAUAGAGCCGGACCUCAACAGGACGGCGCUCUAUCCUCCUCAGAACUUCAAGAUCGUCGGUUUCCUCAACCCGCAGUACAAAUGCGGCCCCCCGAUCCGAGUCAGCCCGAUGGAGUUCCCGGACCCGAGCGGCCUCAUGUCGACGUCCUACGCCAUGGCCAGUUGGCAGGUAGCCUGCAACAUCACGAGGCCGGAGGCCAGGAAGUCGCGUUGCUGCGUCACCUUCUCGGCUUACUACAACGACUCCGUCGUGCCAUGCAGCACCUGCGCGUGCGGCUGCCCUGAGGAAGCGUCCUGUAACCCUAAAGCUCCCGCGGUGCUGCUGCCGCCGGAGGCGCUCCUGAUUCCUGCGGAGAACCGCAGCGCGAAGGCCAGGGCCUGGGCUCAGAUCAAGCACACCUCGCUGCCCAAGCGACUGCCGUGCUGGGAUACCUGCGGCGUCAGCAUCAACUGGCACAUCAUGUCCAACUAUCGCAGCGGAUGGACGGCCAGGAUCACCUUGUUCAACUGGAGAGAUUACACCUUCAAGAACUGGUUCGCCGCGGUCCGCAUCCCGAAAGCUUACAAAGGCUACGAGAACGUGUACUCCUUCAACGGGACGAAGCUGUCGGAGAUCAACAACACUAUCUUCCUCCAAGGCCUGCAGUACAUGAAUUAUCUGCUGCCGCAGACCGAGGGGAAGAGCCCAGACGACUUCAAACUGCCCGGGAAGCAGCAGUCCGUCAUCUCAUUCAAGAAGAAGGCAACGCCGGGGAUCAACAUCAUGCGAGGGGACGGGUUCCCGACGAGGGUGUUUUUCGACGGGGAGGAGUGCGCGCUCCCUGACACGAUUCCGAGGGCAGGAGACGGGCAUCGGCUUCCUGUUGGCGUGGUACCUGCGCUCAUGGCUGCGGUCAUGGUGUUUGCACUGCUGAUGGAUAACCUCUGCUGAUGCGUUCCAUCUCAACUUAGCUCACAAUAUUCGACGAUGAGAUCACAGCUUUCUACUGUAUGAAUCAUAUGUAGUUUUUGGGGAUCAUAAAACGGAUGCGUUUGCAUCGCAAGAGUUGGAGAA